GGAAGCAACAACAAAAAUAUCUGACAAUUACAGUUAACAACAACAACAAGAAGUUGCAGCAUUACUACCAAUCUUCGGGCCCCUCUCGAAUAGAAUCAAUCAAGUGCGCCCUUGUGCUGGCUAGACGACACAAUAACUGUACCAGCCAUGAGUAUGAGCGAUGAUGACAGAGAUAUCGAUAUUGAGAGUGACGACGAUGGCGACUCGGAUACGGGGUUGGGCUCGUCUCGUCACACGAAUACAGCAAAUUUUACACAGGCCGAGAAGAGAGCACACCAUAACGCACUGGAGAGACGGAGAAGAGAUCACAUCAAGGAGAGCUUCACCAAUCUGCGAGAGGCUGUGCCCACGCUAAAGGGUGAAAAGGCUAGUCGUGCUCAAAUACUCAAGAGGACCACGGAAUGCAUACAGACAAUGAGGAAGAAAAUCAACGACAAUCAAAAAGACAUUGAUGAGAUCAAGAAACAGAACAUCCAACUGGAUCAGCAGAUUCGUGCCAUGGAAGGUGCCAUGAACGGCGAUGGCUAUGCCGAUCUGCAGAGCGAGGAUGAUGUGUGCAGUGACGAUGUGGAGGACGAGGAUCUGGAACUUCCCGAUUCCAGUAGACGCAAUAAAAAGAUGAAAACCUUCCACGCAUAGCCGCCAAUUAUAUAAAUUAACAUAUUUUAGCUAUAGGCCCACAAAAUUAUGUGAAUCAUCAUCGCAUAUGGGCAGCGAGUCCAAGAAAGCGUGUCCCUCCGUCACCACAAAAUCCUCAAAUUCUACCUUAAUGUGUGUGUGUGUGCACCCGUGUGUGCGUAUCUUUUGUACUUUGAACAAAGCUUUGUUGCUCCAACUAAUUAAUUAAGAUUGAAAGUAUAUAUUUUAGAAAA